CCGACGCUCUGGCGCGCGCCUUCUCGGGAGUUGUAGUCCUCACCUGUAGAGGCAGCCCGCGCUGAGCAAGGGCACGUUAGGCGAGCAGAGAACUACCAAGAUGGAGCCGAGCCGCUGAGUCUGCGGGGAAAGGGAAGAGGCGUACGGCAGCUCGAGGAGGCCAUACUGCGUCGGGCGGUGGGGCGCACGCGGAGUGGUUGGAGCGAGUGCUGAGUCGGGGUCGCCCCGCGGCUGCUGCGUUCCGGGCCGCGCCGAGCCCGCUGCGCCCCCGCCCGCAUCUUACGCCCCUUCCCUCUUCCCCCGCCUGAACGCCGGGAGCCGCUUCGGAGGCGCAGAGGCUUGUGGGGGGGUGGGAACACAAAAUGGAGGCGAACGGCAGCGGGAGCAGCAGCGACUCGGCUCCCGACUGCUGGGACCAGGCGGACAUCGAGCCGGGCAGCGGCCCUGCCGGCUCCGGAGCUUCCGCGGCGGCCUCCGCCACCGCCCCCGAGGACGCGACGAGCCCGGCCCAGCUCGACGCCGACGAGCAGCUGCUGGGCGCGGCCUUCAGCCGGCACCUCAACGUCAACGCCAAGCCCUUCGUGCCCAAUGUCCACGCCGCCGAGUUCGUGCCGGCCUUCCUGAGGGGGAGCCCCGCGGGCCCGGCUUCCGCGCCGGGCCUGGCGCCGCCGUCUUCGCCGCCGCCGGGCCUGCCUCCCCCAACGCUGCCUCACGGGGCAUCUGCAGAAUCUUCACUAGAGGAACAUCCAUCAUCUUGUGAAGGGCUGAAUGCUGCUGUCAGUAUGGACAUCUCCGAACCAGUUGUAGAAAACGGAGAAACAGAAAUGUCCCCUGAAGAAUCAUGGGACCACAAAGAAGAAGCCAUUGAACCUGAACUAACAAGCGGGCCUUCGGGAGAUGCAGGACCUAUUGAGGAGGGUACCCAGGAAAUGAUGGAGGAAGAGGAGGAGUUGCCAAAACCCAAAUCCAUGGUCGCACCCCCAGGUGCACCCAAAAAAGAGCAUGUUAACGUCGUAUUCAUUGGGCAUGUAGAUGCUGGAAAAUCAACAAUUGGAGGACAAAUAAUGUAUUUAACAGGCAUGGUUGAUAAACGAACACUGGAAAAAUACGAAAGAGAAGCUAAAGAAAAAAACAGAGAAACCUGGUACCUUUCCUGGGCCUUAGACACAAACCAGGAAGAACGGGACAAAGGUAAAACUGUGGAGGUGGGACGCGCUUAUUUUGAAACAGAGAAGAAACACUUCACAAUUUUAGAUGCUCCGGGUCAUAAAAGCUUUGUUCCAAAUAUGAUUGGCGGUGCUUCUCAAGCUGAUCUAGCUGUGUUGGUUAUCUCUGCAAGAAAAGGAGAAUUUGAAACUGGCUUUGAGAAAGGCGGGCAAACGAGGGAGCAUGCCAUGUUAGCAAAAACAGCAGGUGUAAAGCAUUUAAUAGUUCUUAUUAAUAAAAUGGAUGAUCCAACUGUGAACUGGAGCACUGAACGGUAUGAAGAAUGUAAAGAGAAACUGGUGCCAUUCUUGAAGAAAGUGGGCUUCAAUCCAAAAAAGGAUAUUCAUUUCAUGCCCUGUUCGGGACUGACUGGAGCAAACCUCAAGGAGCAGUCGGACUUCUGUCCCUGGUAUAUCGGACUACCUUUUAUUCCAUAUCUGGAUAACUUGCCAAACUUCAACAGAUCAGUUGAUGGACCAAUCAGGCUGCCAAUUGUUGAUAAAUAUAAGGAUAUGGGUACGGUGGUUCUGGGAAAGCUGGAAUCAGGCUCUAUCUGCAAAGGACAGCAGCUUGUGAUGAUGCCAAACAAGCACAAUGUGGAAGUCCUUGGGAUCCUCUCUGAUGAUGUUGAAACGGAAUCCGUCGCUCCAGGUGAAAAUCUGAAGAUCCGGCUGAAAGGAAUCGAAGAGGAGGAGAUCCUCCCAGGGUUUAUCCUCUGCGAUCUUAAUAAUCUGUGUCAUUCAGGACGCACUUUUGACGCUCAGAUAGUGAUAAUUGAGCACAAAUCUAUCAUCUGCCCCGGCUACAAUGCGGUGCUGCAUAUUCACACCUGUAUUGAAGAAGUUGAGAUCACAGCCUUAAUUUGUCUGGUAGACAAAAAAUCAGGAGAGAAAAGCAAAACACGGCCCCGUUUUGUCAAACAAGAUCAAGUUUGCAUUGCUCGUUUAAGGACGGCAGGAACCAUCUGCCUUGAGACAUUCAAAGACUUCCCUCAAAUGGGUCGUUUCACCUUAAGAGAUGAGGGUAAGACCAUUGCAAUUGGAAAAGUUCUGAAGUUGGUUCCAGAGAAGGACUAAGCCUUGUUUUUGAUAAGCCUGCACAAAUACUGUGAGGAUUAAAAAAAAAAGGACUCUGCAAAAGCCUACUUCACAUCGCCUUCUUAUUUUCUUCCCCUUGAUAACCUCCCUAUAUUUUGCAAAGAUGAAAUUCCACAGCAAAGGUCCACAUUCUGUCAGCUUUCUCAUAUUGAGAGCUCUGCUAUGCCACUGUUGAAUUUCUCCCCAAGUUUUUUUCCCCUCCUCCUAAAUUCUGCUUCCUUGGAAAGAUUUGGCAAUAGCUUUGUAAGUGAUGUGGACACAAUUGCCUAGAAUUAUGAAAAAUCUAUAGGAUUUCUGUUUAAUUCCCCCUUCCCCCAGCAUAUUGAAACAUUUUUCAAGGCAGAUCAUUCGGAGUGUGCGAGCGAGUGUGCGUGCACAUGUUACAAAGACAAUUACCAUGUUAAUAAACUAUUCAAUUUGAAAUCUUUUUUGGUAUCUUAAUUGCUUUUGAAUAAUGUUUUUAUCCAGAUAUAACAUCUGUUGCAUUAGCUUUUAACUUGCCAAGUAAUCUGAAUAUUCAAUUACUUAGGGUUUUCUAAAACCAAACUCUUCCCUUUGCCAACUCCCCGACCAAGUUUUAAAUGAAGCAAUUAGACAAUUGACAAAAUUUGUACUAAAGAAACUUUCUUUUGCCCUUUCCUUCUGGUGGUUUAAAAAAAAAAAAGAUCUUAAAUAUGUUCAUGCAAGUAUGGUACUAUUUAAUUAGUGUUGCAUCAUUUUAUAUAUGUAUGCCUAAACAAUUAUGUUGACUUUGUGUGCGCGCGCGUGUAUAUAUAUAUAUAAAUAAUAUAUAUAUGCAAAAUCAACUUAAUAUAAUUGUUUAGGCACGGGGCAAUCUGGAUCUUCCUACUGUGUCUUGGAGUACAUCAUCAAUUCUUCCUGGCAGAAAACACUAGCCUAUAAAAUUAGUAGGACUGUUACAUGACAACUCUGGCAAUAACACUGGUACGCAACGAUCAGUCUGAAAACUGAGCUCAAGUAUCAGUUUAUGAUUAAAAACAAACGUCCUCAGUUCGUUCUGUCUAACUCGGAAGACUGGUAAAUUUUGCAGGUGGGCGGGGGUUGAGAGACAGAGAAAUUUGAAUGGAGCCAAAUAGGCUGCGGGCGAGUGGCCAGUGGCCAGUGCCCACCGCCAGCAGCAAGAGGUUGGCCCCUUGACAAGUACUUCUCUUUAAUCAUAAAGGUUUGCGCAUUAAAAUUGAGCAUAGAAUCAAGCACAGGUUAUAGAUUGCUGCAUAUCAGAGCUAUUUAAGCUAGAGGAAAUCAGAAGUGAAUAACGGGACUUUAGGUUGGCAGAGCAAGGACAAGGCCGCCAACACACGCUUGGCUUGUAGGCUAAAGUGUGAGAGGUGUGUUGUUGCUAUGGAAAGGAGGGAGACAGUCGAAAGGGAGCUGUGACGAUACUCCAGAGCAAUUUUCUUACUGGGUUGGUAGAGAAGGCUGAUUUAAGAGAUUGUUUAAAAUGCUUCUCCAAUUGAAUCCUUUGCAAUUGUAUGUUCGAGCGCGUAAUGUGCCCUUUGCCCCGCAAAGUCUACAGUCCUGUGACAGUCUCACGUCACACCAUUCUAAAUUUGAAAACAUCUGGCCCUUUUCUUUUUUGUUUCUUUGUAUCUGUGGAACUCGCAUCCAUUUCAUGUAAGGCUACAUUGUAUGGACGAAGCAAAGUUUAUUGUCCUUCAGUUUCAUAUGACUACACUUGUAGCUACCGUAAUGCAUGAAAAAUUUAAAUAAAUUUUAUUAUGUCUGCAAA